AACAUUUUUACAUAUUCGUCAGUAUAGUAAGAGGUGGAUAGUUUUUGACCGAUCCCGUGGGUAUAUUGUUUUUAAAUAUUCAAUCGAAGACGUUUGGAGAACGUCAAACUUUUCUUUGCCACAGAGAGAAUGAGAGGACGGGGACAAGAAUGUACAGCAAGAACUUGCAGAACUCGGACAGGAGUGAAUUACUGGAUCUGAACACCUGAGUAGGUAAAGAAGCACAGCUGCACAAGCAAAGAAGAAACACUACUACCAUGAAUGCCCAAGACUUGUAUGACAAUGUGCUGCAGGGAAGAGAGUCCCAAGAGUGACACCACCAUUGAUGAGAAACCCGAGGACAACCUCUGGCUACAACUGGGCUUUACUGUGGACUCUGAGACAGGUGAGCAUUUACUGUCUCCUAAGAAAAACAUCAGCGGAGGAGACGUGACCCUUGACUCUGUGUCUCCUCUUAACUCUCCGUCCUUCACCCUCAAUGAGACAGUACCAGACUUCAAUCUUGACUUCAACCUUGAUGAAGCCUUGAAAUUUGUUGGACUGAACUGCUCUGAGACUGGGGAAACUGUCUGGAAGCCCUCAGAGCCUGAACCCACCUCUGACAACAAGGAAAGCCCUGGUAAGGAGGAGGAGGACAGCGAGGACAGCUUAGACACCUUGAACGACACCCUGGACGAUAUGAUCCAGGCCUCCCAGCUUCAUCCUCAACACCCGUGCUCACUACAGAUGUUGGCAGCUCUGCGGGACCCCACAACACAGCGCCUCGCCACUCGCUGAUUGGCUAAACCUUGGCCGCUCACAUCUCGCGCCUCGCUGCCUGACGCAAGCCGCGCCGCUCGCCCGCUCAACACCACAGGAAGAAAUGCAUGGAAUCUGUAAGAGGUGUCAGGAAGGGAUUUGUGAACCCUUUGGUGGCAAUGCACAUUGUUCCUGCGUGUUCCUCUCCCCCAGCAGUGAUAAAGAUGAAGUAUUAUAAGCCUUUACCUCCCAAAUGCCGCCGUGCAGGAAGUUGGUGAAAAACGGCUUGCCAGCCACCGCCGCCUUCACCAUAACAAACUUAUUCCACGGUGUGUUUGCGCCACCGAGAGGAACUUAAAGACCCUCCUGCGCGCUUACAAAUGGUAUUCGAUUUUCACGUGUUUGGAAUGGAGUCUGCGAGGGAUAUUAAUACGAGGGGGCACUUGAGAAGGAAAUGAUAAAUAAUGGUGUUGAAAUGUUUACAUUAAAAUACAUAACGAGGCAGAAAAAAGUAGAUAUUGAGUACACACACACACACGUAAAGCCUGAACAACAACAAAAAAAAAAAAAAAAAUAAUAAUAAUAAUAAUCACGUGGAAAUAAAUAAAUUAAGGAAACUUUACACAACCUGCAGUGAAGAGACCCGAGUAAAGGAGAAAAAAAGAAGAAAAAGAAAAGAAAAAGACUAAAAAGAGUGACCUCCAAUUACACGCUGUCAGGACCAACCACCAACCACCACAAGGGUCUCAAGGAGGAGAAUGCACAUGAGAGAGAGAGAGAGAGAGAGAGAGAGAGAGAGAGAGAGAGAGAGAGAGAGAGAGAGAGAGAGAGAGAGAGAGAGAGAGAGAGAAACGCGGAAGCUAUGUGGAAAAGGAAACACAAAUUUUGAAAAUACACAAGCAUACUGGAUACACACACACACACACACACACACACACACACACACACACACACACACACACACACACACACACACACACACACACACACAAGGAAUAACACAAGACAUUUCAUCAUCUUCAAUGCACUUUCUCUCUCUCUCUCUCUCUCUCUCUCUCUCUCUCUCUCUCUCUCUCUCUCUCUCUCUCUCUCUCUCUCUCUCUCUCUCUCUCUUCUGCCUCUUCUGCAAUCUUUUAUUCUCCCGCUAACGAAGAAUAAGGAUGCUGCUUCAUCCAACAACAACAAGACACACGAGGAAAGAGAUGGUGGAUGAGCGCCUUCCUGGAUGACUUACAUUCGUCUCCCAUGGGAUGAGCUCAAAGCCAUAACUGCCUGGGAGGUGCCUGGGAGAUGAGAGAUGCUGCCAAAGAUGAUAGGAUGGUGGAAGUGGUUUAGAGGAGAGAUGCAGGGAAAUGAUGCAGUGGUAGAAGAAAUGAUAGGAUGCAGAAAGAGAAGAUAGAUGCUGAGAGAUGACAGUAAACGAUGAAAUGCGAGGAUAGAUUGAGAAAGAAGGGUUGCCUGGUACUAUUGCAUGAGAUGAAAGGAUGAUGACGGGAAGGGAAAGACGAGGCAUCGAAAAAAAGACUAAAUCAUGGAAGGGAGACAUGAUGAAAGUGCACCAGAAAAGGAGUAACGAAUGCUGGGGAACGCGCGCACACACACACACACACACACACACACACACACACACACACACACACACACACACACACACACACACAGAUAAUGAUACUGAAAGAGAUGAAAAGUAUGAUGCAAGAAAGAUGAUACUAAGGAAGACAUGACUGUGCAGGAAAGAAAUAAUGGGUGUUGAGAGAGAGAAAAAAAAAGACGAAGAUAAAGAAAAAUAAUGCCAAAACGAGAGAAGGAGAGGACGAGGAGGAAGAGAAUUUCUGGAGAAGGGUAAAGGUGAUGUGAAAGUUUUUUUUUUUUUUUUCCUUUUGCCAGAGAAAAAGUUUUUUUUUUCUUUUGCCAGAGAGAAAGGAAGGAGGUCGGAUGAGGCUGCGUACGUGUUAAAGAAGAAGAGAAUAUUAAAGAAAGAAAAUAAUAAUAAAGCUAAAAUAUAUGGAGAGAAGAAGAGGAAGCAGAAGAGAAGAAAAGAAAGAGAAAAAUGAGGAACGAUUAUGGUGGGCACUUAGAAAAUGACGUGAAAUUUAUUACUACUGCACUAAAGAAACACACACACACACACACACACACACACACACACACACACACACACACACACACACACACACACACACACACACACACACACACACACACACACACACACACAGAAAAUUUAACUACGACGCAACACACACGCAACAUCAAUGGUAUACAAAUAAAAGAUAAACAUA